AUGGUGGCUCGUGAGUCCCUUUCUAAGGCCUCUUUUAUAUGCUUGUACCUGUGGCGAGCUCACAAUGACCUCACAUUUGGUAGGAAGGAGUGGACUCCUUUGGAAGUUAUCCAAGUGGCGAAUAAAGCGUUCCUGGAGUUUUCCUCGGCAAAUCAGGUUCUUGGUUCCAGCCAUACUGAUGUCUCUAUUGGCUUCUCUCACCUUAGCAAGUGGGUUUCACCGCCGGUGGGUAAUGUCAAGGUGAACUGUGACGCUACUUUACCUUCCGAUAAGUCUAAAGGUGGAGUUGGAGUGAUUUUCAGAGACCAUUCUGGUUUCCCUCUUUUGGCUCGGUCCUUCCCUUCCUGCUUUAGUUCCAUUAUUCAGGGUGAAGUUUUAGCCAUCCGUGGUGCUUUGACUAUCGCCUUGGAGAUGGGUUACGAGGAUAUUAUGGUUGAAACUGAUAACAGGGAUGCGUUUCUUAUGGUGGAAGGAAAGAAGACCCCCUUGUGGGAGGUAGAAGAUCUUGUUGCUGAUGUGCAGCGUCUGGUCCCUUCUUUCUCUUCUGUGGUUUUUUCUUGUGUUCCUAGGGCUAUGAAUAUGGUUGUAGAUGCCCUAGCAAGGAAGGCCCUGUCACUUGUGUGUGUGACGGAUUGGCCACAUUCCAUUCAGUGGCUUCACGAGCUCUGUGCGAGAAAAAAAAUCUCAUCUCGUGGUCAACAUUAUGUAAACAGAAAAUUGUGGCUCGCUGGUCCACUGAGUCAAGAGUACAAAGCUCUGGCUGAUGCCUCAGUAGAACUCACUUGA